GUAGAACCACAGGUUGUAAUAAUAGUGUCACUGUCUCCACCCUGUGUCACCCUACCCCACAGCCAGUCUCUAAUCUACAGAGGUCCACAGCACAGUCUAUAAGUAUCAGAGACUACAGGAAGCAGCAGCAGUCUGUCUGAUCUGGGACAGGUGAGACCUGGGGAGACAGGAGUAAGGGCUACAAGGGAGGACGUGUUACUGGGACGAUCAGUUGUAAGAUACUGGAAUGAAUUUGUAGGACCUGGGAGGACAGGUGUACAGCCACUGCAAAGACAGGUGAUGCAUCAGAUAACUUGGGGGAACAGGUGUCUGUCUUUUAGUAAUCAAAUGUGACACCCCAAAGUGAAAAUCACAGAAUACACUGGAGGUGUCACGUUUGAGUAUCAGAAAUCCUACACCUUUAUGUAUUUUUGUCUGAGGGAACGCUGCUCAGUAGGUUUUCAGUUUAGAUUUAUUUAUUCAUAUAGUGGUUGUAUUGUGUACCGGUGUUCGCUAUAGGGAGGAGGAGGGGGAUAUGUAGGUGGGGCUGUAUUGGUGCAGUGAUGGUUUUUCUUUAAUAACUGCUCUUCAUUUUUCACAUAAACAGCCUUUAUCUGACUGGAGUCCCAACGUCUCCUUGGGUGAACUUGCUGUUAUCCCUCAUUUUAUAUUCUAGCUUAUUCUGAUGGAAUGGUCGGUUACGGAGGUGUACCCACUGUGCAGCGAGGGGGGGUAAUGACCCCAUUAGUCAGUAGUAUAAUCACCGCACAGUAUUAAACUAUAUUAUGGGAACAUUUGUUUUCUGAUCGCUGUAUUUGUAUAAAACGUUUAUUGUACAAUAUUCAUGGAAGGGUCGUUUGCUGGUGUGGUCUCAAACUGGGCGAUUUCUUUUGUAGUUGCCAAAUGUACCCAGCUCUCUCCUGCUCUGCAAUGAUGGUUUGUGGCGAGUUCUAAUCUUGAGGGUUUAAUAACCUCUUCAUUUAAUAAGCGUAUUUUAUAUAGUUGGCAGGACAGACGCCGUAGAUGAAUAGUUUGUGUCCGUAUGACCCGAUUAACCUGUGUGUUGCAGUCAUAACGUAACUGUGGGCAAAUUGUUCUAUUUCCAGUCAUUGAAAUGUUUUGAAUUGUGGGAAUUGCCCAAAUUGUGCAAUUAUUCUCUAACUCUGGUUUAAAAAUAUCUGCUGCUUUCAGAACACAAGGAAGGGGCAGAGCUGGCGGUGUUUUAUGUAGACCAAAAAUCAAACAAAUUCUGUCUGAAAUCUAACUCCCAGUUUAGAGAAGCCGCCUGUUUACAUCCAAUAGCGCCAGCUGUAAUCUCUGUCUUAUUGUAACAAUAUCGUAUGUGUGUCGUGUUUAUUGUUCCAGAGAGAGAUCUGGGAGAUAACAGGUUAAACAAAUGGGACUUUCAAUACAUUGUCUAAACUGAACCAGCAAAAUGGUUAAAAAUAAAAUAAAAAAUAAAAAACCUGUUAUUCUUUGUGGAUGUUUGUGAUGAGAGUAGGCUUACCUUCAAACUGUUUGAAUCUUGGGGCGAUGUCUGCAUGUUUAUAUUUUCCUGCGUGUACAGCGUUUGUAGGAGUUUGUUCUAAAAUAAAAACUUUUUAUUUGCUUUUAAAUUAUUUUUUUUUUUAAUAUACAGUUUAUUUUGACUUAACUUUAAAAAUAAGGCUCUAGUCUUGUAUGUAGAUACUGUUUGGUUUUUGUUUUUUGUCUUUGUUUUUGCGUGUUCUAUUUAUAUUUAUUGUAUUGUUUUAGGUUUUUCAUUAUAGUUGGUGAUCCGAAAAAUAUGUUGGUAUAGGUUGGGAGGGACAUUUUCCACCUCACCUGCUCUAACAAGGAUAUUUUUAUCACAACAAAAUGGCUUACUAAAAGGUGUCUGUGUGGGUUUAAAAAAAUAAAAUAAAAUAAUUCUUUAUAUUAAGAACAAGGACAUUUUUUGAGAAGUGCCAAUUCCUCUAAAAUACUAAAUGCCCAUCUCCGUCCCACGGUAGCAGUAACAUUCAGUAAUACAAACGCGUUACCUGCCCCUUAAUCAUUUUAUCUGAUUGGGUUAUUCACUAAGGUGUGAAUUUUUGGAAAUUCAAUGUGAAUUCAGAAUGUGAAUUUGAAAUAGAAGUCUGAAGUGGUCAAUUUAGAAAACAAUUGUUGGCCAGGACAGUUUUUCCAGUUCAACUAAUUUGGUUAAAAUGUUAACUUACUGGGAAUUCAAUUUAUUCCUUGGGGUGACCUCAGUGUACAGCACGUACUGGGCCAAAACCGCUGCUGUGUGUGAUUCCUGGCUGCAUGUGGGUCCCAGGCGCCCAUUCUAUUCCAGUGCAACAGGUUGUGUUUUGUUUUUGGGUAGUGAUGCCCCCUGUAGACCAUUCAGUGUAUACCAGAUUGCUUUCUUAGGCCCUCAUUGACCACUCUGGUGCCCAGUUAUCAAACAGAGCUCUAACCAAUCCUCUAACUGCGAAAGCUCCACCUGUACCGUGUAACCCUUUCUGUGCCGCUGGGGCUGAUGCAAAAUGCUCAUAUUAUCCCAUUGGCAGAGCUUUACAAAUGAAAUUAUUAAAACCUUUCCCUGUGGGUUCCACCAUGGCCAGCUCCUAGGCCUGGCACAACAUUUCCUGGAGACGGCAAUGACAGUAGGCGACCCUACUACACUCACAGGAUCAUUAAGAGGCAUUGGUUACAGGCUGUGUAAGAUGCAUGAAACCAUAAAAAGUGAUGUGGAAAUGACGUGACUGACUGAUUUUAGCUCAAGACAAGCAAUGUUUUUACACAACCUGUUUCACGGGGUGAAUGAACCCCAGAGACUUAGAUAAUAUCCUGCUCUGGGCGAACGUAUUCUGCAUUUCCUUCCCAAUACUAUAAAAGGGCUUAUUCACUAAACACCCGAUUUGUUUUGGAUUCAAAACAGAAUUGGUGGGUUUAGGAAAGAAUGGGGGGGGAAAAGUGACAAUGCUGGAGAUGGCAAGUAUUUGGUUGGUUUUUGAAUUCUGCUUUCCGUUCUCUAUAAAGGGAAUGGAAUAGAAAACUGCAGCCGUGUCCCUCUCGUAACUCCUGACCGCCAACCUAACAAAACAAUGAAUUCUCUUCCACAGGUUAAUCGGACAGAACCAGGAUGGCAGAGAAGGGCUCGCCGGCCCUGGUGGGGAUCAUUGUGUUUGGAAAUGUAGUUAUUAUGGUAAGUUAGAGGGUUACGAACUUAUGGGGUGUCCAUAGAUGCCAGAACAUUACAGGCUGGUCCUCAGUGGCCUAUUGGGGGAUGUGCCCCACAAUUUUUUGCAAGAAAAAAAAUAAAUCCUAUUGUCAUCAUAAGAACUAGUAAUAAGUGUGGAUUUCAAAAUAUAUUACUAAAACAAAUUGGGUUAGUUUGCAGUCACCCCAGCUCCCUAUAGAUGGCUGGAGAGGCUGCGUAUUGGCUAAGCAAUUAUGGCAAGAUUUUAGCUUCCUGGCCCGAAGAGCUUGCAAUCUAAAUCUAUUAAUAUGACAUGGCUAGACAGUGACACACGAAACAGAAUAUUAAAUAAAAGAAAACAUUCUAGCAUGAUUUUAGGCAUUUUGUCUCACAAAUGGAGAAACAGUCAAUGCUUUUCCCAUUCAUAUCCCUGAAGUGACCUGGUGGCUCGAGGAAUGUGGUUCUACUGGUUACUUCAGAUCCUCUUCACAGAUUUCAGGGUGGAAGAACAGAAACUGCUCUGUCUUUAUCAACACGUUUUGGGGUAGUUCACAUUCAGACUUCUAGUUUCAGUCAUUUUUGUACAUACAGACCUGGUCCCGUCUCCAUUACCCAUAAUGUCCAGUGUUACACUAGUUGAAUGCUCUGUUGGUGGUUAUAGUCCUCUGGCUCAGCUGAAGGAAGAUGGCAUUAGCCUACAUUUCCAAGACUUGCCAGGCUGGCUACUGAAUUCUAUCAAUUUCCUUUGUUCCACUAGCUAAAUAGUGAUAAGACAAUGUUGCUCCUGUAGUUUGUAGAAUACAAUUUACUGACUGGGUUCUUUACCUUAGUGGAAAUUGUCAGAAAUUAAAAAUGAAUUUCAUAUUUAAGACCAAAGCAGCAAAAAUGGAAGCAUUGUGUCCAUGGAGAAUAUUUGCAAUUCGCUUACUCUGGCCUUAAAAGUGAAAUUUACUAUACCAACCACGGGCGCAUCCCGAAUCACUGACUACCACAGACAGCCUUCAGGGCGGGACCCCCCCGAAGCGGACUUCAGCCACAACAGGGUUGCCCCGAGACUGGGGGUAUAUAGACACAAUAGACCAUGUGAUUGACUAAAUGCAACGGGAAUAUCGCGACAUGCUAACCCCCUACCCCAUCCCUUUUUUCUCUUCUGUACCCUUCACCCGAACAUUUUUUAUUUGAAAAUGAAAUAAAUAAAGAAUUAAAAAAAAAAAGUGAAAUUUACUUUUUGUUUUGGGAGCCCGGGGCUGACUGGUCAGGCCUUUACUUUGUCAGGUUGGUAGUGGUAGGUUGGAGACCACCUAGGGCCCUUUAGGUACAGCAGUCUCUUUCAUAGGACGAGCUUACAGUUGAAUUUAUUUCUGUUUCUAACCUGUUCUCUUACAGCUCUCUGGGCUGGCGUUAUUUGCUGAAACAAUCUGGGCUACGACUGACCCGUACAAGGUUUACCCCAUCUUGGGUGUUACUGGCAAGGACGAUGUGUUUGCCGGUGGAUGGAUUGCCAUUUUCUGUGGCUUCUCACUCUUUGUUCUGGCUCUGUAUGGCAUUGUGUCUGCGAUGAGAGGAAGCCGUACCAUGCUCAUGGUGGUAAGUGGCUAUCUCCAGGAUCUGGUUGAAUUCCCAGUGUCUGUGUUUGGGGUGGACGUAGCUCCAUUGCUGGUGUCAUGGUGGCGCAUGCUGAGCUUCCAAUGAACGGCACAUAUAUCGACUACUGCGGUAAUGGCAGAGGAGGGGAAUGGGAUAUUAAUAUCUCUGAAUCUAGGAGUUUGCAGUUUGACACGAUUUAGACGACGUGUGUUUUUAUUUGGUGGGACCUCGGGCACGUUAUAGACGGAGGGUAUAGGCAUUGUCUGGUUAAUGCAGAGUAUUAGAGCGCUUUCUUUUCCCUCCCCCCAGUACCUGGUGUUAAUGAUGAUCGUUUACAUAUUUGAAUGCGCGUCCUGCAUAACGUCCUUCACCCAUCGAGACUACGUAAGUUCUGAUUAUUAUGGGAUGGAAUGACUGUUAUCGUGAUUGCAUUAUCAUAUCAUACUUCUUAUCUCUCAGAUGAUAAAUUCCAACGUGAUUAAACAACAAAUGCUCGCCUACUACUUGGAUACGUCCCCACAGGGCGUUGAAAUCACCAACACGUGGAACAGAAUAAUGUUGGAGGUAGGUGGGCGGGAUUGGGGGAUGGGAACUUAACGUUCACUUUUAGCUUUAUAAAAGUUUAUGGCAUUUAAUGAAAUGUAAUUUAUGUAUUUAGUGCGUGUGUGCAUGCUCACUCUUUGGGAGGGGAGAGGGUUCAGACUUUACUAUUAUCUGACCAACUGCUGCUCAACCUAACUAGCUGCUGCCGCAGGUUCACACAGAGCGAUCAAAGCAGCAAGUUAGGGUCAGCAGUAGGCUGAACCAGCACAGCCGCUCAGCCAGAUUUAAAAAAAAAAAAGUGAAAUUUUCUCAAUAAACUUUCAGAUACCCCCUGUGGCCAUAUAUGGUACUGCAGGUUAAUCACUGGAUACAUUGCCUUGAAGCAUUUUUCUGCGAGGAUGUUCCAAUGUUUAAUAUAAUGAAGUGUUUGGAUUGGGAGCUGCUGCCAGUCAGCAUCUUUGCACAGAGCGUAUUCUGUCCAUAUCCCCCCCAGCCCCUUAUAGAUUGCAAGCUCCUGAGAACAGGGCCCCCAGUAUACUGGGGUGAAAGCUGUAUAUUGUGAGACUGCGCAUGCUCAGGUUUCAGGGGAUCAUUCUCUGUGGGAUUUGCACUAAGCUGAUCUUUAUGGUUUGUAUGUACUUUCUCUUCCUGCAGAAAAGCUGCUGUGGAUUUGACGGCCCCCAGGACUGGAUCUCCUAUGGCUCCAAGUUCCGCUCUCUUUACACGGAGAACGAUGCCCCAUGGCCGUACUGGUGCUGCACCAGGGAUGCCAACUUCCAGCUUGUGAACCAGCAAGGCUGCCUCCUGGGUUACCCAUCCUUUAUCAAUUCACAGGUAGUGCUGCCGGCCUGCUGAGCAUGAUGGGAGUGAUCUCCCAUAUACUGUAUAGAUAAUAAGGGGCGUUUAGAUACAUUAUGCUGUAUAUUGUACCAGUUAUACCCCACGCAAUGUAUAUUAUACAUCACGUACUGCAUAAGGGGUGUUUAGCUGCAUUGUGCUGUAUAUUGUACCCGUUAUUGCCCCAUCUACUGUAUAUUAUACCCCACAGUGUAUAUUAUAUCCCAUGCACUGUAUAAGGGCGUUUAGCUACAUUAUGCUGUAUAUUGUACCAGUUAUUCACCAUACGCUAUAUAUUAUACACCACGCACAGCAUAAGGGGCAUUUAGCUCCAUUACCGGUUUAUUAUAUCCCGUAUCUGACAUAUAUAAUAAGGGGCAUUUAUCUAUAUUAGCCGUUAUAUUGUGCCCCAUGCCCGGUACACACAAUGCUCCUUCUGGGAAUAAAUUGUGGAUUAUAUUCACUGACCUCUCAUUCCUGUCACGUGAGCAAAGCACAUUCUCCCAGACAUUUCUGGUUUUCCAGAAUUGGCUAGUGCUUACUCAGAGCUCCUGGUGUUGUGGCCCUCAUAGACGGGCACUGCUGGUUUAGCUUGAAAUUGAUGCAAUGGCGUGUAAAAGGAACCUCUUUGUCAUUGUAAAUAAAAUUAACCGAUAACAGUAAAAAGACAUGAACCCUUUUAUAAACGUAUUAUUUUAGAGCUUUAAAUGUGGGACCUAUUGUACAGCGCUACAGAAGCUGAUGGCGCUAUAUAAAAUAAUAUUUGGUAAUAAAUGUUAGAGUAAAUUGCUGGGUGUUUUGUCCACAUGGUAUAAUUCUCCAGGCAGUAACGGAGGGAUGGACUGUCUGUAAAUACAGCGCUACAGGUAACAAUAUCUUCUAUUGUAGGGCUGCUCCAGUCACAUCGUACACGCCAUUAACAGUUAUACAUGGGGAAUAUCUUGGUUUGGAUUUGCCAUUCUGAUGUGGACGGUAAGUUAAAUGAGCCAGUAGGUGGCUGUCAUGUAGAACUGUGUUAACCAUUAGGAUAGAUCAUGGUUUUAAAAAGCACUUGGGUUGUCUGGAGGAGGUGGUGGGGGUUCCCCAGGGUUCUCUGGAGGAGGUGGUGGGGGGUUCCCCAGGGUUCUCUGGAGGAGGUGGUGUGGGGUUCCCCAGGGUUCUCUGGAGGAGGUGGUGUGGGGUUCCCAAGGGUUCUCUGGAGGAGGUGGUGGGGGGUUCCCCAGGGUUCUCUGGAGGAGGCGGUGGGGGGUUCUCCAGGGUUCUCUGGAGGAGGCGGUGGGGGUUCUCAGGUUCUCAGGGUUCUCCUGGGUUCUCUGGGAAAGAGGCGUGGGGGGGGUCUCCAGGGUUCUCUGGGGGUCUCCAGGGGUUCUCUGGGGGGUCUCCAGGGUUCUCUGGAGAUGGUGGGGUGGGGGGGCUCUCCAGGGUUGUCUGGAGGAGGUCCCCAGAGUUGUCUGGAGGAGGUAGGAGGGGGGUCCAGCAUUGCCUGGAGGAGGGGGGGGGGGUCCUCCUUUUGUUACAGAUGAUGUUACAUGAUUCUAACCCCACGUUACCAUCCAGGGUGUGCGGCCAUCCAACAGUCGUAACUGCUGUGUUCUGUCCACAGAUGCUGGUUCUGUUUGUGACAAUGUAUCAUUACACCACGCUGAGCUGAGUACAAUCUCCUGGAAGGAUCCUUAGUGGGAGCACUGGGGAUCGACCACCCAAACCAUCCACGAUUCUAUCUUACUAGGAAAGCAGGACCAGUUUUCUAGGUUCCGAUUGACUAAUAGCGUUUAACGGUUAAAGUGGAAGAAUUGCUUAGAACGGGUCUAAAUGAGGAUCCGUCUGUCUGUGAAUAACGUCACAAAGUGAACUGAUCAGGAGUAUCUCAGCAUUUUUAUGAAGGUUUUUCUUUUUGUGCAUGUUCAUCUUUAUUGCCAGUUUGUUUUUACAAUUCUAUUUUUAUUUUUUUCCUGAUAGUGUGUGUAUUAUAAUCGAACUUUCCAUCACUGCUCCCUUGCCCAGCCGCAGGUUCUGCCAUAGACUGGCUUCUUUGCUAUUGGCGUUAAAACGCAGCCAUAUCCCGUUCCCUGCAUCCUCAGAACCGAAGCUCUUUGUUUUGUUACAAAAUGUAAAUGUGUCUUAAAUCUUAAUACGAAUUUGACUUUAUACAUAAAUCAUUUGUAAAUGUUGGCAACCAGAAUUUCAUAUUAAAGACUUUAUCACGUUUUGGGAUCCGAGUAUCCUUCAAUUCUAUGUAUAUAUGUAUUUGGCUUUUUUACACUAUAUAACUGCUUAUCUUCUCGCAUUAAUAAAAUUCACUGACCUCAGGCCAGUUCUGGCUAUUAUUGCUGUUCCUGUGAUUCUUUACUAUAAUGAAAGUUUGAUUC